UUUAAAAAUUUCUUAUUAUUUUUUUUUAUAAUUAAUUUGAAUAUACAGUUGAAUAUACAGUUUAAUGGCUAAUAUUAUUAUUAAUAGUUUUACAUUAAUUUUGUUAACAUUAAUUGUAAUCGUUUUGAAUGAUGAAAGUGUUGUACAAAUUAAAGUAAAACCCAAAUUAUUUAACGGAUUAACGAAACAAAUUGAUGGCAAAACUAUUGGCAUAUAUUUAGGUAUACCGUACGCCAAACCACCGAUUGGUGAACUAAGAUUCAAGAAGCCGGUGCCCAUCAGGGAGUAUAACCAACCGGUAAACGCCACCCAAUGGGCUAACCCGUGCCAACAGUCACCGGCAUUGAUGGCAACUGUUUUCAAGUCAGGCAUUAAUAAUACAAAUUUCAGUGAAGACUGUCUGUAUUUGAAUGUGUGGACACCACCAACCAAUAUCACCACAACUGAUCCCUUGAAGCCGGUGCUCGUUUGGAUACACGGCGGCGGGUUUUAUGCGGGUUCGGCCAACUCGGAGCAAACAACUGGCGAUGUAUUGGCUGCUAAAAUGGAUGUCAUUGUAGUCUCUUUUAACUACCGAUUGGGUUGGUUUGGCUUUUUAUACUCGGGUACCGAUGAAGCGCCGGGAAAUGUCGGACUAUGGGAUCAGGCGUUGGCACUCAAAUGGAUCAAUGAAAACAUCUAUUACUUCGGUGGAGAUCCCGAACGGAUCACUAUUAUUGGUGAAGGCUCUGGCAGUAUAUCAGUAGCAUUGCAUAUACUGUCACCGAUAACCCGAAACUUAUUUAACAGUGCAGUCAUGAUAUCGGGUGGUCCCGUAUCGGACGUAUUUAUGCACAAAGACGUGGCCCGCGAAAUGUGGGCCAACAUUACAAUAGACUUUGGCUGCGAUCAGUCUUUUGUAAUAAACGGAUCGGUUGACUGUUUGCAUGAAACUAAUGCCCAGAAACUCAUUGAAUCGACUUUUGAUAAAAGAUAUAAAUUAGACGUCAAUAUUGUUAAGCCUUUUCUUAUAUAUGGCGACCAGUUUUUGCCCAAAAGUCCGUCAGAAAUGUUAAAUUCCGGUGAUUUUAAAAGAAAUGUUAAUCUAUUAAUUGGUACAACAGAUGAUGAGGGCUCUAAUAUAUUGAGUACAACAGUAGACACCAAAAAGUAUUCAAUAGUUAGUCCACAGAAUCUAACCAAAAGUGAAGCCAAACUCGAAUUGAAAAAUAUUUUUCGUCGAUUUUUCCCUCAUUUAUAUGUCUCGGCUGAUGAUAUAUACCGUCUUUAUAUCAGUCAUAUACCUGAAAAUGAUUUUUCUCUCAUAAGACAAGGCAUAGGCAGAGCAUUGGGUGAUUAUAUUACUACCUGUCCGGCGCUGUUAUUUGCUAAACAAUUGGCGUCGAUAGGCACCAUAAACUCAACUCAUGUUUAUCAAUACAAGUGGUCGGUUAAGUAUGAAAGUCAAUCGUGGCACGGAUCAGAUUAUGGUCUUGAUUUAAGUCUUAUGUUUGGAGAGCCAUACAGACAUCACUUACCAAACGGUGUUAAUGAUCCACAAAAACUUAAUGAAAAGCGAACCUCUUUGAAAAUAAUGGAAGUUUUGGCACAUUUUGCUAGAUUUGGAAAUCCCGGUCCUCAAGACGGCAUUCAAUGGCAAAGUUAUUAUACGGUUGGAGACAAUGUGUUGAUUAAUCCUUACUUUGAAUUCACAAAACGCUAUUUUAUUGGCAGUGACUUUGGUAUUGGAUAUAAAUAUGAAUGCAAUCAAUUGUGGAGUCAAUAUGUGCUAAAAAUUUGAAAAUAUUAAUAAUAUUGUGUUAUUUAUUAUAUA